UGCAGGAAGCUUUCAGGAGCACAAUGCCCAUCUUUUGCGGUAACCUGGACUUCGAUUCUCGCCAGUCCGAGGUUGAGCGUCUUUUCAGAAGAUAUGGACGGGUUGACAGGGUGGAUAUGAAAUCUGGAUCAAUUGGAAAUUCCAUGAUCUUCCUGGAUGGAUGGUUCUCUGCAUUUACUUAGUGACUUGUACCCAAGAUUCAUGUUCUUCUGUUUGUUCAAAAGAACCAAUAUGCUCUGCGAUGGUCCUACCAUCCUACACUUCCCCAAGACCAUUGUCUUUGCAUUCCUCCUGUCUUUGCUCAGUAUUCAAUUUCCGACUUGUUCCCAAAUAUAUAUAAAGUUCAUCUCAGAUCCAAUGGCAGGUGUUGUGUUUUCUCCAUACAGAUUUUUAGUUCCCCCACCCGUUGAUUAGCAGGGAUUUUGGGUGAUAACAAGUUUUUAGUCUGGCUUUGCUUUUGUCUAUAUGGAAGAUGAGCGUGAUGAGGAGGAUGCAAUCCGGAGACUUGAUAGGAUAGAGUUUGGCAGAAAAGGACGCCGACUUCGUGUUGAACGGACAAAGCAGCAUGAACGUGGUGGUAGAAAGCCUGAUAGGUCUAGAAGAUCUUCAGCUAACACAAGGCCAACAAAAACUUUGUUCAUAAUCAACUUUGAUCCUAUCAAUACCAGGACCACAGAUCUCGAAAGGCAUUUUGAAUCAUUUGGAAAGAUAUCUAAUGUUAGGAUCCGAAGGAAUUUUGCAUUUGUGCAAUUUGAGUUGCAGGAGGAUGCUACCCGAGCAUUAGAAGCGACUGACAACAGUGAGUUUAUGGAUCGAGUUAUUUCAGUGGAGUAUUCAAUUCGUGAUGAUGAUGACAGAGGAAAUGGGCACAGCCCUGACAGAAGAGGUCGUGAUGCCUCCCCCAAUAGAAGGGGCUAUGGUGCAGGACGUUCCCGAAGUCCUUAUCGCAAGGAUAGGAGUAGUCCCGAUUAUGGGCAUGGAUCAGUCCUAGAUUCUAGAUCCAAGCUAAGUCCAAGUCCUGAUUAUCGCAGAUCAGGAAGCACUGCCAAUGAAAGAUACAACAGCCGUUCAUCAUCCCCUCGUGAAAGAUUUCGUUCCUGAGAAGGAUAUAAGAAGAGUUCUUUGCAUUUUCUACCAUCUUUUUUUAAUCUAUAAUUGAUUCUCUUUCUACCUCUUCUAUCUGUAAUGCUUUAUUUGAACGAGGUUAAUCGACUUGUCAUUUGCAUGCUUCUUGUAGAAUAAAGAAUUGUCCCUUUUUAGGAAAAAAAAAAAAGGAGAAAGACUUCGGAUUUUGACGUAGUGUUAUGCCUCUUCUGGUUUGCGUACUAUACAUUUUGAUUUACGUCUUGUAAUUUGUGGAGCUUAAAAUGUUCAAUUAAAUGUCUUUCAUGACAAUCCGUUUAUGGUU